UGCCGGUCCCGUCAGUUUGCGUGUAAACUAGCGAGAGGUAACUCGCAUCUCGUUUUUAUUCUUUACGUGAAACUUUAAAACUUGUGUAUUACACACUGCGUUCGUUGUGUUAACCAACACUGUCUCCGAUUUGGACGAUUUUGAGGUUCAAAAUGAGGGGCUUCAAAAGCCUCAUACUCCUGCAGCUGGUCUACAUCACCAGUUGUAUGGAUCAGCUGCAUAUCGUGUACGAGUGGACGCAACUCGACUUCCAAUUCCCGACCUUGGACGACAGGCAUCAGGCGAUCAGCAACGGGACCUUCAUCCCUGAGAAUAAUAUGCCCAUGGGUGUUGAAGUAUUCGGUGAUAGAUUGUUCAUCACUGUGCCAAGAUGGCGGACUGGGGUUCCAGCUAGUUUAACAUAUAUUAACCUAAAAGAUAAUUCAACGGUAUCACCGAAACUCAUUCCGUAUCCGAACUGGGGGGCGCAUAUCCCUGGACCUGACGGCAAGCCGGAGAUCGUCUCUCCGUUUAGAGUGCGCGCUGACAAAUGUAAUCGACUAUGGGUAGUCGAUAACGGAAAGAUAAAUAAUCUAGGCAACAACACAAUUAAAUAUCCACCAGCAAUUUUAAUUUACGAUUUAACAACAGAUACGCUACUCCGAAAAUAUGAACUACCGAAAGACCAAGUCAAAGAAGAUUCUGGUUUCGCAAAUAUCGCAGUAGAAGAUAGAGAUUGUGAUGAUACUUAUGCGUAUGCGGGUGACGUUGGCAAAGCUGGUAUUGUGGUCUACUCGUGGGCGAAGAAUGAUUCUUGGAGGAUAUCACAUCACUUCUUCCACCCCGAUCCUUUAGCGUGUGACUUCAGCGUUAAAGGUUAUAACUUUAGUUGGACUGACGCCAUCUUUGGUUUAGGUCUUUCCGGACCUAAUGCGGAUAAUUAUAGUACGUUGUAUUUCCAUCCUAUGGCUAGUUACAAUGAGUUUUCAGUAUCAACUGAAUAUUUGAGAAAUCAAUCGUUAGCUGAAAACAAUUUUGAUGCGUUUAAACUUUUAGGUAGUAGAGGACCUAAUGCACAAUCAAGUGUAUCCUUCGUUGAUCCUAAAACUGGUGUUUUAUUCUAUUCCUUGGUUAAUUUGAAUGCUGUAGCUUGUUGGCGGACUACAAACAAAAAUUACAAUAUGAAGAAUCAAGGCAGAAUUUAUAUGAAUGACGAGACAAUGAUUUACCCGACUGAUAUUAAAGUCGAUUAUAACGACAACCUUUGGAUUCUAUCAAAUAGGAUGCCAAUUUGGAUGUAUGGACAAUUGGAUCCUAAUGAAGUGAAUUUUAGAGUAUUUUUCGCUCAUGUGGUAGAUGCAAUCAGUCACACAGCCUGUGAUAUAACACCCAGAUCAGAUAUACUCGACAAAUUUGUUAAUAAAAUUAAAAAUGUAACAAAUAAAAUUGCCGCUAAAGUGAAUCCUAAUUCGGCUGCAACGGUUUCACCAUUUUCAAUAGUAAGUACUCUGGCUGCAAGUUGGAUUCUUGCUUUUGUGAUUUUUGUUUAAUUAAAAAAAAAAAAAAUUAAAUAUGGUAACGUAUUUUAAAAAUGUUUCCGAAUGAAA